UAGGUGUUUAUUGGUGUUUAUCGCACAGGCUGACGUACGCAAGGUCGAGUUGUAACUUUGAUAACUUAUUUUUAUAAUUUAUGUUGUUUUCAAAUACGUUGUAAAAAAAUCACCAAGUGCCACUAUGUCGGAAAAAACUGCAAAGAAAACAGUUAGGCGUUCAGGACCUUCGGCAAUUGGAAAAUCAUAUCUACUGGCGUACAAUUUUUUACAAACUUUAGGAUGGUCCUAUUUAUUAUGGCAGUCCCUCGUAUACUUCCUGAACCGUGGGACCUUAGACGCUUAUUGGGACGAGAUCAAAUGGACGUUAUAUAUAUUCCAGGGAGGUGCCAUUUUGGAGAUACUUCACUCGCUACUCGGCCUAGUUUCGUCUGGCAUCCUGGUGGUGACGAUGCAGGUGCACUCGAGGGUGUUCCUGGUGUUCGCUAUCCUGAUGGCGUUACACAGUGCCACUGUCAGUCCCGGCCUGCCGCUCUGUAUUCUGGCCUGGUCCAUCACUGAAAUAGUGCGUUAUGCGUUCUACGGACUGAAUCUCAUCAACGCCGUCCCACAAACGCUCUCGUAUUUAAGAUACUCAACGUUUUUGAUACUGUAUCCACUCGGCGUGACCGGAGAAAUUCUCUGUAUGUAUCAUUCGCUGGAUGAAAUCGUUGAAAAGAAAUUGUACACUGUUUCAUUCCCCAACGACUGGAAUGUUGCAUUCAAUUUCUACUAUUUCAUGUACUUCUACAUGUUUAUGUAUUUCCCACUGUUCCCGUACCUCUUCGGGCAUAUGUUGAAACAGAGGAGAAAAGUGUUGGGUGAUGACACAAAGAAAACAAAGUAGUUGAGAGAUUUGUUAUCUUUUUUCUUUAAAUGGGACAUAUUUUGCACAUCUCACUACUCAAUAGGGAUGUUUCCUGGGUCAAAAAGCAACAGUUUUAAUUAGUCCGUCAGUUAACUUAUCAAAAAAUACUCUACACGUAUUUUUCACUUUUUCAAACUAAUGAAAAUUUAAAGAGAUAAAGCGCGCCAAAGUUCAUAAGAAGCGGGCCUCUUCUUGACGUCAAUGCUUGCAUAAAAGUGCCGCACGUUGUGACGUCGUGCGGUACUUCAACGCACCAUAACUAUGUAAUUAUUUGUUAGAUUGACAAAUAAAAAUAUAUGUGUCCAAUAUUUUUUGAUAUUAAACAUGACGGACUAAAAAAAUUUUUUUAGGAAACUAGCCUAUUACCUUAACUUGACAAUAGGAUCAUGUAAACAUGCUCAUUUAGUACUUUUAAGAACCUAUUACUUCUUGAAAUCUAUAAUUUCUUCUUUAUUUCUAAAUCUUUAAUCCUGAAAAAGUCAGUUUUCCUUCGGUCCAAAAAUAAAAUCAAAAUGAAUGACACUUCUUCACCGAAAUAUUCCGGACAAUCUUAAGAUAUUAACCACUUUUGGAUGUCUCGAGUCUCCGUAAAUUAAUUACGAAUAAAACAGUCGACCCUUGCCAGACUUUGUACAUUUAAUGUGAAUCUUACGGCUUUUAAUUAAAGUACAAUGAAAUAGUUCAAUGUAUCUCUUAACCCUCUGGUAUAAGGAUUUUUUGUUUUGAACCUUAUGUUACUAAGGUUCAAAAUAAGGUGGCAUCAAUUCUGCCACUACCAGGUAGUGUUUGUAAGGUGUAAAAAGUUAUGUACCUAAUACCUAACGGUGAAUAUACAUUGUUUUAAUUUUAAAUGACAAUGCAAGACCAAAUGUGAUGUCAUCAGUUUUAUAUAGACUAGAAUGUUUUUUCCGUUCGAAUAAAUUAUCAUACUUAAUUAAGUGUAUUAAAUUAACUUGUAAAAACGGGGUACUUAGGUCGAUUUUAACAGAUAAGUUCGAAUCUAUUUAAGUUUAUGUUCACUUUUUACUAUGCUUUUUAGAACAUUAACUUACCUACAUCUUUUUUUCUCAUGGGUCUUUUAUUUAACAAUGUACAAAUAAUUUUAUUUAAAGAGGUAUGAUUUAUUUAUUUUUCGAACUGGUAACAUAGCAUUUAAUACUCAUACUGGAAUUGAAUAAAAGUGCACUUUGUCGUAAUUAUUUAUUUGGUGCUCAAAGCACAACUAAGUAAUGUAAGUCGGUAGCUAAUGUUUACAACUGAAUCGUUUAGUGUAAUGAACUGUAAUGUAUGCUUAUUUAUUUGGAGGUCGGUUGGGUUAUGGGCAAUGGCAAUUCUGAAUAAAUUGUAUGGAAAUAA